UUCUCAACACUGGCCUGCUCCACUCUUUUUCUAGGUGCAGCCAGCGUGUGUACGAGCCCUUCAGACCUUCCAGGGCGCGGAGAGUGACAUCGGACCUUGCAGCUCCCUCGUGGCCAGGCCCGCUGGAUGUGAGCGAGGACGAUCCCGGCCUGGCGCUCCCGCCCGCCACCGCCGAGUCACUGGCAGCCCUAGCGGAGCACCUACCACCGGCCGAGAAGCGGGGGUGACAGGCCGCGACCCAGCGGACGCUGAGCCAGUACUCGGGUCACCUCGACCCGGCGCUAAAUUUAAAAGCGCCCCGGGAGCCGGGCUUUGACUCCCGGAAACAAAACACAGCUCGUCUUCCGGCCUCUGCCGCCGCUCGGCCGCCCGCGCUCCCCGGAAGACCCUUCGCCGCCCGCGGCUUUCGCUCCCGCCCAGCCCGCGGCCCGAGGCUAAGGCGCCGCGCUCAUCGCAGCGAGGAGGCGGCGGCAUGGCGGGCGGCGCGGACUGUGGGGACGCGGCUUACGCCCGGCAGCACGUGUUCCUGCUCCCAGUCUCCUCUGUCCUUCUGUUGCACCAUUGCCAGUGUAGGAGAGUAGCUGGAUCAAAGUGCAGGCAGCUGACAGGAGAAUAUUUAAAGGAUACUUCAAAGAAGAUGAAAAGUGGGCUUAUGUUUGUGAAACUGGUUAACCCAUGUUCAGGGGAAGGUACCCUUUACUUGUUUGAUAUGUGUCUACUGCAGUUGUUUGAAGUAAAAGUUUUCAAGGAAAAACACCAUUCAUGGUUUAUAAAUCAAUCAGUUCAAUCAGGAGGUCUUCUCCACUUUGCUACGCCUAUGGACCCACUAUUCCUUCUUCUCCACUACCUCAUUAAAGCUGAUAAAGAGGGAACGUUUCAGCCCCUUGAUCAAGUUGUGAUGGAUGAUAUGUUUCCAAAUUGUAACUUACUGCUAAAACUUCCUGAACUUGAGAAAUUACUUCAGCAUGUGACAGAGGAAAAAGAAAUAAACAACAAGAAGUAUUACAAGUACAGCAAAGAGAAGACAUUAAUGUGGCUUGAAAAAAAGGUGAACCAGACUAUGACAGCACUAAAAACCAAUAAUAUAAAUGUCAGUGCCCGAGUACAAUCAAGUGCAUUUUUCUCUGGUAACCAGGCUUCCAGUGACAAGGAAGAGGAUUAUAUCUGUUAUGCUCAUGGUCUGAUAUCUGACUAUAUCCCCAAAGAAUUAAGUGAUGACUUAUCUAAGCAUUUGAAACUUCCAGAACCUUCAGCUCCAUUGCCAAACCCUCCAUCAAAGAAAGUAAAGUUAUCAGAUGAUCCUGUAGAAGCAAAAGAAGAUUACACUAAAUUUAACAGUAAAGAUUUGAAGACUGAGAAGGUGGCAGCACAAAGACGGAAAAGGGACAAGUGACAGCAGGUCCAUACAAAGCUUUGCUACGUCUUGUGUAUCUUAAAGACACUUCCUAAGGGGUACAGCAUCUUCUGCACCUUCCAGAAAAUCAAGUGCAAAAAGGUGUAUCUUACUGUACUAAUUAUGCUUGCUUUAUUUCUUUGAUCAGUAAUUUUUGCUUUCCUCCUAGAAAUGAUCUGUUAUGGCUCUUGAAAAUGCCACCAGCUGCCUUUACAACCAAUGAAUGUGUUAUGUAGUCAGAAGUCUCCACACCUACAGAUGUAUGGAUAUUGACUCUGCAUUGUUUCAGAUUUUUAAAAUACUUAGGUCUCAUAAUGUGCUUUGUGAUAUAUAGGUCUUUUUUUUUUUUAAGCCAUGCCAUGCUGCCCUGUUCUGCUUUCCUGAAGUUAGAUGAGCAUGUUUUAAAUGUAUAUUUGAUGACUAUAAAUAUUUUCAUUCACUCUUAAAAUGGUGACAAACCAACUUUCUUUCUUUUCUUUUUUUUUUUUUUUGUCUCCAGGGUUAUCACUGGGGCUCAGUGAAUGCACCACAAAUCCGCUGCUCCUGGAGGCUAUUUUUUCCCUUUUGUUGCUCUUGUUGUUUGCCAUUGUUGUUAUUAUUGUUGUUGUUAUUGCUGUCAUUGAUGAUAGGACAGAGAGAAAUGGAGAGAGGAGGAGAAGACAGAGAGGGAGAAAGAAAGACAGACACCUGUAGACCUGCUCCACCACCUGUGAAGCGACCCUCCUUCAGGUGAGGAGCCAGGAGCUCGAACCAGUAUCCUUACACCGCCCGCCAGUCCAUGCACUUUGCACCAUGUGUGCUUAACCCAUUAUGCUACCUCCCAGCCCAUGACAAACCAACUUUCUACCAUGCUUAUACCAUAAAAUACAGGAAACAAUAUAAAUAUACUCAUGGGGUAAAGAACAGCACUGACCGAUCAGGCCAAUUCUAGAAUGAACAGUGCAGCUCUCAGUCUGUUUUUAACGGAUUUGCUGAGGAGCAGGAUGGGGUGAGUUGUGCAAGUAUAUCCUUGGGUGAAACAAAGGAACAGGGUAACGACUGAUCUGUGGGGGUAAACAUCAGUAACUUCAGUUGGCUUCAAGUUCAGAACUACUGCCAGUUGCUCAGUGAGAUAAGUAAACACACACAACAAAUUUAUUAAAAGGGAAAACAAGUUAUCAUAAACUAUAAGAAAGGAAAACUAAUUUUCCUUGAUAUUAACAAGGAAGGUCAAAGUGUUAUGAAGCCAAAAAUGUCUUGUUUGCUGAUGUUCUGAAGAGUUAAUUUUCUGUUUGUUAAGCUUCAAAAUAUGGUAGGCAAGUAGAGUACUCAAAGUACUCCA